CCCCAGGGCUCCGCAAACCCUGCCAUUUGCGGCGCUGGUGUUGUUUCAUUAUUCACAGGGUGAGGGUGCGGAGCAGAGCAGACGACAGACAACAGGAGAAAAGCCGGGGAAACAAAUUAAAUUUUGAAAAUUAGUUGAGUGCUAUCUCCUCUACAGAAGAUCUCUAGCUGCAAGAUGGCAGAUGAAGAGGACGGGAACGAGUAUCGUUGGGAGACGGGUUAUGAGAAGACAUGGGAGGCAAUCAAGGAGGAUGAUGAUGGUAUGUUGGAGGCCUCUGUGGCAGAAAUCAUUCAAAGAGCUAAAAGAAAACGACAAGCGGAGCGCCGCCCCAAUACACGUCUGGGUAUGAUGAGACACUUGUACAUAAUUUUGGAUUCCUCAGAAGCAAUGACAGAUCAGGAUUUAAAACCAACUCGCCAACUGUGCACAGCAAAGCUUUUGGAAGGUUUUGUCGAGGAAUACUUUGAUCAAAAUCCCAUCAGUCAGAUGGGCAUCAUAGUAACCCGUAAUAAGCGAGCUGAACUUGUUUGUGAGUUAGCAGGAAAUGGACGGAAACAUGUUGAUAUAAUAAAGCAAAUAUCUCAAGGUCCAUGUGCUGGGGAACCCUCCCUUCAGAAUUCUCUAGAGUUAGCCUUGAGUUCCCUGCGUCUAUUACCUGGGCAUGCCAGCAGAGAAGUACUUGUUGUCAUGGGAUCACUCACCACUUGUGAUCCACAUGACAUCAAUGUAACCAUUCAGAAGUUGAAAGCUGAGGGAGUCCGCUGCUCAGUCAUUGGCUUGGCUGCUGAAGUGAAGGUGUGUCGUCAGCUCAGCAAGGAGACAGGAGGCCUGUAUUCUGUCAUUCUUGAUGACUGUCAUUUCCGCGACCUGUUACUCCAGCAAGUGGAGCCUCCUCCAGCCGCUCGUACUCAAGAUUGUUCUCUAGUAAGGAUGGGCUUCCCUCAUCACAGCAACGGCACUGAAUCCUCCGAUGCCUCAAGUGCUUCCUCCAAUAACCCAAUGUCAUUUUGCAUGUGUCACUUGGAUGUUGAAAGCAAAGUGGACUCUACUAAACUAGGAGCAGCGGGACAUCUCUGUCCACAGUGUGGAAGCAAAUAUUGUGAGCUGCCUGUUGAAUGUCGGGCAUGUGGUCUCACACUGGUUUCCGCUCCACACUUGGCACGUUCGUACCACCAUUUGUUCCCUGUGGACAACUUUUUGGAGAUCGACGCAAAAGAAAAUCAACAGCCCAGGUGCUUUGGAUGUCGUCGAAAAUUUGUGGAGCUAGAUAAACAUGCUUAUAAAUGUGGUGCAUGCUCCCAGAUUUUCUGUUUAGACUGUGAUAUUUUCGUCCAUGAUACUUUACACAGCUGUCCAGGUUGUACCAGCAGUGCUAAAAAUCAUUGAUUACAAUUUUUUACAUCAAUCAUUACUAUUUUGGAAAAACAGGAAACACAAUAAAACACCACUGUAAAUAGUAAGCAAAUUGAUAUUAUUCAUGAUUAAAAAUAUAAAACAACACGAUAAUAAGCAGUA